AUGGCCUCUCUACUGAGGCCCGAAACACUGAACUCAGAUCCGGAGAAGGGUCUGAAGGCAUGGGCCAAUCAGGUCCUUGCUAAGAGGAGGAGGAAUCCCUCCUCAGUUCCUCAUGAGUCCAGGCCUCCAACCCCAACUCCACUGAUACACUGGUGGAAGAAGAGGAGGUCGAGCAUGGCCAGCAGUGGAGAGAUGAGCUCGAUGAGGAGCACCGACAGUUGGCCAGAAUUGGCUGACCAACACAGUGGGGCCCAGCCCCAAGAACCUGGGAGCCAAGGAGAUGGCCCUCAGGCACAGAAUGAGAUGAAAAUCCCAAAGACGACCCCUAUGCCCCAGAUCACUGGGAUGAACUCAAGGACAAUCAGGAUCGAAGUACCAAUCCCUGAUCAACAGUCACCAAAGAAAGUGGUAUGGAUAGUUGGGGACCCCUAUCAACCAGAGGACGAAGGUGGUCCCCAGGCACCGAGUGGAGCGAGGAUCCCAAGGACAACCCCUACGAGGCCGACCGGUGGGAGGACUCCACCAAUAAAGGAGAAAGCGGUCCAGAUGGACCCCUAUCCAGCCAGUCAGGGAGCAGUGGCUCCCUGGCAGAUGAUGAGUCCUUCGAUUGGACCAUCAAAGCAAGAAUACCACCUCGGCUGA